AUUACGACCUAUUCAGUUACAAGCACCAAAUGACUACUCUUCUGAAUGGUCAUUCUGGGGGGCAAAAGAAGAAAGAAGAGCCGACCCGAAAACUUCGAUCGAAAGACAAAUCCAAGAACCAAAAUAACCAAAAGACUUUAUUCAAUUUCGAUAAUGCUAAUGAACUCUUGUAUCGAAAUCAACAAAUUUCAAUAACUAAAUCCGAACUUGAUCCUAGUACACCUUACUAUGCCGAGGUUAGUGAUCUACCACAGCUUCCUCCAAAUGGUGCCAUUAGCACGGUAAAUCCUGUUUUACCUAGAAGGUCAAAGCAUAUCGAAGACCCUCUUUCUGAUUCACUAUAUGAACUCUACCAUAGAAAAAUGACCAAAGAGGAGAAAGUUAUGAACAACGAAGAAAGGCUAAGAAUCUUGUCCGAAGUUGAUAAUCUACAAUCUCAGUUGAAUUUGUUGAACCAAUACGAUUGGGUCCGUCAUUUACCGACAAUUGCUGUAAUCAAUGAUAUGAACGAUUAUGAGGAAUUAGAACUAAAGAAACAGCUAAGUAUCGAGGAAAUUGAACGUUUAUUACGAAAGCACGAAAAUUGGCGAAGAAGGUUGGAAAGAUUAAACAAUGAUAUACGAGAAUCGGCCCAGGAACAGCAAUUCCAAGAGGAGAUAUCCGAUGAUCCAGACUAUCAACUUUCAUUGCCCCAAUUAAGAACAAAGCGCGCAAAGGAAAGACGAAGCAGGUAUGGCCCUGUUAUAAAACUACGCCUUACUGACGAUACCUACUUGAUUAUCGACCCAUUGAAUACUCCCAAAAUCAUAAAGGGAAAUGCAUUAAAUAUAAAUAACGGUAUAAAACCAAAACCAAAAACUGAACCUGAACCAGAACCAGAACCAACAUCACAACCUAAUUCACCUCAAAAGGCUCCACAAACUCCAAUGAAAAUGAACGGAAUUGUCAAACUAAAACUCAAACCUCGAGGAACUCCUGAUAACCAACAAACCUCACAUACCAACACUAUAGAAAAUACCCCACAACCAACGCCUAGAAGAAGAAGAAGCAGGAAUAAAAUCCGACUAGAAGAUAUAACUGAUAUCAAUACAAUCAAGCUUGAUCCUGGAGACACCAACUUUGUAUUUGGUACCUGCUAUGAAGAUAUUCGUGCUCAUUUGGAGGGUUUCCAAUUGCCAUUGAGAAUAAAAAGACUCUGUAACAAUACCAAUAAUGAUUAAAUUGUAUUUUGUACUUAUUAAAUUAAUUGCUUAAGUUCUUCUUUACACUUUGUGAUUAUCUCUGGAUUUUCUCCCUCAACAUUCUCCACAAUCCAACUUAAAUCAAUUUUAACAUCACGUAAUACUUUCGGAGUUUGCUUGAGAUCAAUUUCGGAUGCAUGCGAGUCAUAAUCGUCUAUGUGACUAUCAAGAAUGUGAUACUUGUAAGUUAAAUGAUUGUAUAAUUUCAUCAUGGCCAUUAUAGAUAACCACUCUUGAUUCCUAGAACUUGAAUUUUCAACAUUCUCUUCCUCCAGGGUAUCUGCUGUGAAGCCAACAAGGUACAGACGCAAAUGCAGAGUUAUUAUGAAUAGUUCUUCCAUUGAUUUGAACUCGAGAUUGGCAAUAUUAUUCGCAUAGAAUACCAGAUAUACUAGCUUCUUUCUUGGAUCUUUUUCUUUUGUGGAAAUAAUACUCAUUCCCUUACCAAGUGCUUUCAUGAAUUUCUUUGAUGAAGAAACAGAUCCCAGAACUAUACGGUAUAAUAAAUUAAAAAAAUCUCCCUGGACCAAGAUUUCCGAUUCUUGCUUCGAACUUAAUGCUAGGGAAACACCUUCUCGAUAACUAGAUUCAAUUAUUGAUUCAUGCUUCUCAUAAAUAUCCUGAUGCAUCUCUAUCCCCGUUUUCCUGAUAUACUCAUUAUUAGAGGAUUCCAACGCCAUGAUAGUAGCAAUACACAUUUUAGGGUUGGCAUAACCAAGUUCAAGCGCCCGUUUGACAAAUUGUAUAGGUAAAUAUGAUACUUG